AUGACUAUCUACUGAAGGGGCCGGACCUACUUACAUCUCUGUUCGGCAUUAUGGUAAGAUUUAGGGAGAACAGAGUAGCGGUGACCGGCGAUAUAAAAGAUAUGUUUUUAAGGAUAAAGGUAAGAGAAGAAGACCAGAACGCACUCAGAUUUCUGUGGAGAAGCAGUCCUGCAGAACAUGAAAAAACGUACGUGAUGACGUCAUUAAUAUUUGGCGCGAAAUGUUCACCGUUCAUAGCUCAAUUUAUUAAGAAUAAAAACGCACUAAGGUAUGAGUCAUCGAUGCCAAACGCCGUAGCAGCGAUAUGUAAUCAACAUUAUAUGGAUGACUACAUAGACAGUUUGCCAGACGAGGCCGCCGCCAUAACAAUGGUACGUAAUAUUAGUAAAAUUCACAAAUCAGGUGGUUUUCAUAUUUGUAAUUGGACUAGCAACAAUCCAGCCGUAUUGGAUAGUAUUCCAAAGGAGUCCUUGGGUACUACGGCCGUAAAGUUCAAAAUAGAUCAAGAAUGCGAAGGUGAACGUACGCUCGGAUUGAUAUGGUACCCGCGCGAAGACGAGUUGGGGUUCGAUGUGUCUCUCAAGCGCAUACCACAUGACAUAAUUAAUGGUAAGAAUAGACCAACAAAAAGAGUUAUGCUCAGAGUCAUAAUGUCAAUAUUCGAUGUAUUUGGAUUCUUAUCGCCAUUUACUAUACAAGGUAAAAUAAUGUUGCAAGAUACCUGGCGCGCUGGAAUCAGCUGGGACGACUUAGUAACAGAUGACAUACAUAAAAAAUGGUGUCAGUGGGUCAAUGUACUAACGAGUGAAAUAAAAAAUAUCCGUCUGCCGAGGUGGUAUCAAGCAGCGACGAGUGAGUCAGCGAUAAAACGUAGCACAUCAGUUCAGGUAAACAUAACCUCUCUCACCUCUCUUACAUCUACAAGCGUAACCGAACGCGCUAUCGGCUACGAAACUGGCGUAGCUAAUAGCUGCGCUACGACAUCCCGCUGCAAUGACGUAGUUACAGGCGCUACGAAACAGGUUUUGGCUGGAAGUGAAUAUAGUAAUUUAGAGUUACACUUGUGUUGCGAUGCGUCGACUAAAGCAAUGUGCGCAGUCGCAUACUGGCGAUGGUACGUAAAUAAAGAUAUAUGUAUGUCAUUCAUAGCUAGCAAGUGCCGUGUCGCGCCCGUGAGUCAUACUACCGUGCCGCGUUUGGAAUUGCAAGCUGCUUUAUUGGCUGCGAGGUUGGCAGAUACAAUAAUCAGAGAACACAAAAUAAAUCCAGUAAGGCGUUAUUUUUGGUGCGACUCUAGUACCGUGCUACACUGGAUAUGUAAUAAUACACGUAGCUAUAAAACUUACAUAGCAAACCGGCUGGGUGAAAUAGACGAGCUAAGCCGCCCUGAGGAGUGGCGGUAUGUACCUACAAAAUUAAAUGUUGCUGAUCUCGCUACGAGAGAAAAUUACGACAAUUCUCUUUUUAAAAAUGAAUGGUUUAGAGGUCCGUCAUUCUUAUACAGCGAUGAGUCAUCGUGGCCGGUGAAUAUAAUCGAUAAGAUAAAUGAAAUGAGUUUAGAACGAGUAAUGAUAAUACAACAUGAAGAUUGUAGCUUACCUGUACCUGACCCAGGAAGAUUUUCAUGCUGGUUACGACUGGUGAGGGCUACGGCAUGUAUUCUAAAAUUUAUAUACAAGUGUAGAAAGCAGAUUGAGACUGUUUGCACAGUCAUGAAGAGGGCUGAGCGAUUGCUGCUAAAAUAUACACAAGAACAGUCAUUCGGUGAUGAAAUAGCUGCAAUUAAAAAUGGUAACUGUUUGUCAAAAGGUAGUAAGUUACUUACGUUAUCUCCAUUUCUGGAUGAGUACGGGAUUCUCCGUGUCGGCGGCCGCAUAGAUGCUGCACCGGAUGUUGAACCUGAAAUGAAGAGACCUAUCAUCUUGGACGGGCGUAGUCAGGUAUCUCAAUUAAUUGGUAGAUACAACCAUGAAGACAGCCCACGGGAACCAGGAAACCGUUGUAAACAACCUGAAACAGAAAUAUUGGAUUAUUAG